AUGAGCUCGCCGGCGAGAUCUCCGGCGCCGGUCUCCGCCACGGGCGGCGGCGCUGCCGGAUUUGCAGACGAGGCCGGCGCCGUCUCCUCCUCCUCCUGCCACAUCCCCCGAGACUUCGUCACUCCCGAGGACCGCAGAGACGAGGCCCUCGCCGGUGAGUGAUUGAUCGCCCCACUCCCGGGGAUUCCCCUCCGAUUAUAGUCCCCUUCCUCCAUCGCUUCGACCAGCUGUAUCCUGAUCUCCGUGGCGCAGUUCUGAAGGCGGAUCUCAAGGCGGCGCUCGACAGGGAGGUGAAAACCCUAGACAGAGAUAGCUGGAUGUUCGCCGCCCCUAGAUCCCAGAUCCAUCUCAUCUUCCGUCCUGGUAAGCUCUCCGCUGGACUCAACCCCCCCUCCCUCUCCUCCGACACCGUUCUGCCGGAGACCCUCCCCUUCUCUCUAAUUCUCGGCUCAUCCAUCUGAUUUCAGGUGGAUCACCAAGCAAGAAGACCAGCGACUGA